GUAUGAACAAUAAUAAUGUUUGUAGUUCGCAUAUCACAAUCAAACCAACUUUCUGUUACCAUGGCAGGAAAGAGCAAAGUCCUAGUGAUUGGAGGCACAGGGCACCUUGGAAAAUACAUAGUUGAGGCAAGUUCAAAAGCAGGACACCCCACGUUUGCUUUGGUUAGGGAGAGCACUGUUUCUCACCCUCAAAAGUCUAAUCUCAUUGAGAGCUUCAAGAGCUAUGGAGUCACUCUUGUUUAUGGUGAUCUAAGUGAUCAUGCAAGUCUUGUUAAGGCAAUCAAGCAAGUUGAUGUUGUCAUCUGCACUGUAGGUCCAUCACAAGUAGAUGAUCAACUGAACAUCAUAAAGGCAAUAAAAGAAGCUGGCAACAUUAAGAAGUUUCUCCCAUCAGAAUUUGGGGUGGAUGCGGACCGGAAUGAAGCGGUUGAGCCGGCGGCGAGCUUCUUUGAGAAAAAAGUGAAAAUUCGAAGGACGAUCGAAGCCGAAGGAAUUCCUUAUACUUAUGUAAUUUCCAAUGGCUUUGCUAGAUACUACUUAGCAACAAUGUCACAGGAAAAUGCCACGGCUCCUCCAAAGGAUAGUAUAGUCAUUCUAGGAGAUGGAAAUGUCAAAGCAAUUUAUGUGGAGGAGAAGGACAUUGCAGCAUACGCAAUCAAAACAAUAGAUGACCCAAGAACCUUGAACAAAUCUCUCUACCUAAGGCCCCCUGCCAAUGUUUUGACUUUCAACGAGCUUGUGUCCUUGUGGGAGAACAAGAUUAACAAGACCCUUCACAAAAUUUACGUUCCAGAAGAUCAAAUCCUUAAGAGCAUCCAAG